UCAUUCUUAUUUAAUCACAUGGUCAGAGUGCAAGAAAGGAGAGGGGAAAAGUUAAGAAGGAAACAUCUGUAAACGAAACUAAAGACCGGAUCAGGUGUUUUCGUCGGCGUCUUAUUGGAUCCUCUUACAUCAUGGAGCCCACCAACUUGCAGAAAGCUAUAUCAAUAGCAAACAAGGCUUCUCAAGAGGACCAGGCCGGAAACUACGAGGAAGCCAUCCGUUUGUAUCAGCAGGCUGUUCAGUUCUUCCUUCACAUAGUGAAACGCGAACCACAGGGUAAAGUUGGCAAUCAGAAGAUCAGAGACAAGUGCAAGGAGUACCUGGACAGAAUGGAAGAGCUAAAGGACUACUUAGAAAAGAAAGAGAAAGCCAUAGAUCUGGCUAGCAAAGCAGCGCAAGAGGACAAAGCGCAGAAUUAUGAAGAAGCCCUGCGCUUAUACCAGCAUGCAGUGCAGUACUUCCUACAUGUCGUCAAAUAUGAAGCUCAAGGAGACAAGGCCAAGCAGAGUAUCCGCGGAAAGUGUGCCGAGUACCUGGACCGUGCAGAGAAACUAAAGGAGUACCUGAAAAAGAAGGAGAAGGCACCCCCAGCCAAGCCAGUGAAGGAGAACCAACCGGAUGAUAAGGGAAACGAAAGCGAUGAUGGCGAUGACCCAGAGAAAAAGAAGUUUCAAAACCAGCUCCAGGGGGCCAUUAUCAUGGAAAAGCCAAAUAUCAAAUGGAAUGACGUCGCCGGAUUGGAGGGGGCAAAGGAGGCUUUGAAAGAGGCUGUCAUACUGCCAAUCAAAUUCCCACACCUGUUCACAGGGAAGAGGACUCCCUGGAGGGGCAUUCUGCUGUUUGGGCCUCCCGGAACUGGAAAGUCCUACCUGGCCAAAGCUGUCGCCACGGAGGCCAACAACUCCACCUUCUUCUCCAUUUCCUCCUCAGACCUGGUGUCCAAGUGGCUCGGGGAGAGCGAGAAACUGGUGAAGACCCUCUUCAGCCUGGCUCGGGAGCACAAGCCCUCCAUCAUCUUCAUCGACGAGAUCGACUCGCUGUGCGGCUCCCGGAGUGAGAACGAGAGCGAGGCGGCCAGGCGCAUCAAGACCGAGUUUCUGGUUCAGAUGCAGGGCGUUGGAAAUGACAAUGAGGGAAUCCUGGUUCUUGGGGCCACAAACAUUCCCUGGACUUUGGACUCUGCUAUCAGAAGAAGGUUUGAGAAGCGUAUCUACAUCCCUCUGCCUGAGGAGCACGCCCGCUCCUUCAUGUUCAAGCUACACCUGGGCUCCACGCCCAACAGCCUGACCGAGUCCGACUUCAUGACCCUGGGCAAGAAGACGGAAGGCUACUCGGGGGCUGACAUCAGCGUCAUUGUCAGGGACGCCCUGAUGCAGCCGGUCAGGAAGGUCCAGUCCGCCACACACUUCAAGCAGGUACGCGGGCCGUCGAGAGACGACCCCAAUGUGCUGGUGGAUGACCUUUUGACCCCCUGUUCCCCUGGAGACCCUCAAGCCCAAGAGAUGACUUGGAUGGAGGUACCUGGGGAGAAGCUGUUGGAGCCGAUCGUCUCCAUGCCGGACAUGCUGAGGUCUCUGACAAACACUAAGCCAACCGUGAAUGACCAGGAUCUGGAAAAACUGAAGAAGUUCACAGAAGAUUUUGGACAGGAGGGCUAAGGCGAAAGCACAUUGGACGGAUGUCGUUUGCAAAGCUGUUUUUCUGUCCUCUCUCAUCCUACCCUUGGGAUCAUAUCUUGGUUUUACUUCAAUCCUUUCCGUGCCUCUGUCAACACAGGAAAAGUGGUGACUAUUGCUGAACAUAGGGGCUCAACCAGUGUGUCAAAUGUACCAUUUAAUUGUCCAUAAUUACCAGUAGAGAAAUUAUAUUAAUUCUUUUUUAUACACCAUAGACAACUCACAAAAAUGAUUUUAAUGGAUACUUCAAAAGAUUUAAAGGUUGUUGUUUCUGGAGUGAGUCAAAGCUGCGAUGCAUGCAGUUGUAGCCAGUUUCUUCAGCCCGAUAUAUUGGUACAUAUUUGGUGCUGUUGUCAUGGAUAUGCCAGUUGGCUACAACUCAAGAAGUAAGGUGCUGCAGCCCAGUUUGCUUAACCACCUUGUUGCUGUGUAUUCUUGUAUUUCUGCAGAAGGGUAACUAGUGCAUCAGGGUUUUGAUUCGGUCCAGCGGGAUCACGCGACAAAGUUACAGGACCAGCUGUAAUUGUGAAAGAGUCCAUGCCAUCAAUUUGUUCACUUUAGCAUGCAUUGCUCAUUGUUUCUUUUUUCCCCCCUCCCUCUACUUGCCGUGGAUCACAUUUUUCGGUUCUCCUUUUGGCCACCACUUACAUGAUAAUGCCUUAUUUGCGUGGGCACUACUAAAGUAACCCACAAAGGCUUUGAAGACAUUUAAAGGUCAUUUUGCAAGUAUCCAAAAUUAUACAGGAAGCCUUAAGAAGGGCUUGAAAUGGGGAUGGCCUUGACGCAGAUGAGAGCAUGACAUCCAGAACUAGCAUGGCAACAAAAAGAGACUUUCUCUGCACUGUCUGUGAAGGCGUCCAUUUCUAGCAACGACAUACACGUGUGCCUUUCGAUAAGAAUGUCUAUAUUCGUUAUGUUUUGGUCUUUAAAUUGAAAGUUGAGAUUGAGAGAAACCUCUUCAUUGUGUGCAUUCAUUAUUGAAAUAGUUUGGAAAUGGGAGAUGUUAGGCUAAUGUUUGCACAUUUAAUUAUUCAACAUUACUCUAUAUUGAUUGUAUAUGACUGUACUUCUAUGCACUUAACGGUGUUGGUUUUCCGAAGAAGAAAAAAAAAACAUGCUAAAAGAAAUCCAUUAUACGGGAAUAAAAGAUUAUACAAUGUUUGCAACUUGGGUAUGUUCAGUCCUGCUUUACGAUUAGCUCUCAGCUUUGACUGUAAACAAGUGUCCCUUUUAUUCAAUUUGUACGGUAAAUUAAGGUCAGAAGUCACUGAAUUUGGCAAUAUUUUGGGAAUUAAUUUGUUUCUCAAAAUUGAGGACGAAGUGGCUUGCGGUAGGAUUGAGUGUAGGACUUAUUGUUAUUUUAUUAAGUCUGUUAGAAAUUUACACAUACCUGAAGGGGAAAGUAUGUUUUAAGGGAUUUCAAAACUAUAGAGAAUUAUUUGGAUUUGCCUUGUUCCAUUUAUUUCUUGUAUAUGUAAAUAAAACUACUAUUACUUAUCGAAAA